AUGGAACUAAAAAAUGGUACUGAAGUGACUGAAUUCAUUCUCCUGGGAUUUGCUGGUCAACACAGAUUUUGGCUUUUACUCUUCGUAGUCUUUCUACUGAUCUAUGCAGCUACCUUAAUAGGUAAUGUUGGGAUGAUUAUCCUCAUCAACACUGACUCUUCUCUUCACACCCCUAUGUAUUUUUUCCUCCAACAUUUGGCUUUCGUUGAUCUUUGUUAUGCCUCUGCUAUCACUCCCAAGAUGCUAUUGAAUUUUAUAAGAACAAACAAAUCCAUCUCAUUUAUAGGAUGUGUGAUACAAUUACUAGUCUAUGGAACAUUUGUAACCAGUGACUGCUACAUCCUGGCAGCUAUGGCUGUGGAUCGUUAUGUAGCUAUCUGUAACCCACUCCGUUACCCAGUUGUCAUGUCUCGAAAAUUCUGUAUUCAGCUGCUAGUUGGUUCCUAUUUUAUGGGUUUCCUAAAUGCUUCUGUAAACACGGGCUUUACUUUCUCACUGAAGUUUUGCAAGUCCAAUGCAGUUAAUCACUUUUUCUGUGACGUGCCACCAAUCCUUGCUCUAUCAUGCUCAAGUAUCAAUGUCAACAUCAUGGUCCUGACAGUCUUUGUAGGGUUUAACUUGACCUUCACCAUAUCGGUAGUCAUCUUUUCCUAUAUUUAUAUCCUGGCUGCCAUUCUGAGGAUGUCUUCUGCUGCAGGGAGAAAAAAAGCCUUUUCCACAUGUGCGUCCCAUGUGACCGCUGUCACCGUUUUCUAUGGGACUCUGUCUUACAUGUAUGUAAAUCAUGGAGCUAAUAGAUCUCGAGAUCAGGAGCAAAUGGCUUCUGUAUUUUAUGGCAUCAUGAUUCCCAUGUUAAACCCUCUCAUCUACAGCCUGAGAAACCAAGAUGUGAAAGAAGCCCUAAAACGAACAGGAGACAAGUGCUUCUAG